CGGAGCCGGCGCUGCGGCGGGCGGCUGUGAGGAGCGGCCGGUAGUGGCGGCAGUGGCGGCGGGUGGCGGCGGCGGUGGCCAGCGGUCGGCCAUGGCCGAGGCGGAGGCCGGCGGCGACGAGGCCCGCUGCGUGCGGCUGAACGCCGAGCGGGCCAGGGUACUGCUGGCCGACGUGGACACGCUGCUGUUCGACUGCGAUGGCGUGCUGUGGCGCGGCGAGACGGCCGUGCCGGGCGCGCCGGAGACCCUGCGGGCGCUGCGGGCCCGCGGCAAGCGACUGGGCUUCAUCACCAAUAACAGCAGCAAGACUCGCACGGCCUACGCCGAGAAGCUAAGGCGUUUGGGUUUCGGCGGCCCGGCGGGGCCCGACGCGGGCCUCGAGGUCUUCGGCACGGCCUACUGCAGCGCGCUCUAUCUGCGCCAGCGCCUGGCCGGCGUGCCGGACCCCAAGGCCUACGUGCUGGGCAGCCCGGCCUUAGCGGCCGAGCUGGAGGCCGUAGGUGUCGCCAGCGUGGGUGUGGGCCCGGAGGCGUUGCAGGGCGAAAGCCCGAGCGACUGGCUGGCCGUGCCGCUCGAUCCCGACGUGCGCGCGGUAGUGGUGGGCUUCGACCCACACUUCAGCUACAUGAAACUCACCAAGGCCGUGCGGUACCUGCAGCAGCCCGACUGUCUGCUCGUGGGCACCAACAUGGACAACCGGCUCCCACUGGAGAACGGCCGUUUCAUUGCGGGUACCGGCUGUCUGGUGCGAGCCGUGGAGAUGGCCGCCCAGCGCCAGGCAGACAUCAUCGGGAAGCCUAGCCGCUUCAUCUUCGACUGCGUGUCCCGGGAGUAUGGGAUCAACCCAGAGCGCACCGUCAUGGUGGGAGACCGCCUGGACACAGACAUCCUCCUGGGCGCCACCUGUAGCCUGAAGACUAUCCUGACCCUCACCGGAGUCUCCACGCUUGAAGAUGUGAAGAAUAAUCAGGAAAGUGACUGCAUGAACAAGAAGAAAAUGGUCCCUGACUUUUAUGUUGACAGCAUAGCCGACCUCCUGCCUGCCCUUCAAGGUUAAAGAUCUUUAAUCUCUGGAAUAAAAAAUUUUAAAUCAGUUACCUAAGUUAAUAGGUGGGGCUUAGAAAUGGCUCAGUUAGGUGGCUGCAGGUUAAUUAGAACUGAGCCGAGGAAGACGUUAACCUUGUAGGCAAAGUUGGGGGUGUUGUUUACAGAUGGUUGUAUUUUAAGAUGCACUUUUAAACUUAGAAGGCUGUGGGGUGGGCGGAGCAUCUGCCCAGGAUUCGGGUAAGCUUACGCCCUGUUGAGGAGUCUGAAGGAGGUCAAGGGGUGUGCGUCAUGCAUUUUGCUGAAAAAUGUAUUCAGGGAUCAGACCCUCAGAUGGGCAGAGAGGAAAGGAAGGGCUCUUAUGAGACACUUGUGUAGACCAGAAACUAGGGUGUUGUCCUCCAUUGUGACCAUACUACAGAGGAGCCUGCUUCUGUGUUCCCAGUUCCUCCCCUGCAGGGUGGGAGUGGAGGAAGCUGCUCCCAGGAGGGAUUGCUGUUGUUGGGGUUUAGGAUGCUGCCCUUGACAGCUUCCACUCAUCUUGGCUUCCUUGAAAACCACUUUGAUGUCACAAUUGUCUGUUCUGAUGCCCAGGAUUGCAGUCUCAUGCACAGUAACAGCCUAGCUAAACUUGGGCUCUCUUGUGUGAAUUUAAACCCAAAUGUCUCACUGAGUGUGCUCUGCUGAGCGGGUAUGGGUGCCUGCAUUUAACUCCAUACUGCUGUACAGGGACCUUAGAACAGUGUUUAUUUUUUUUAAAAAAAAAUUUUUUUAAACUACUCAACAACAAUGUCAGGUGUGGAAUUGCAUCUUUAGUGUAUGGAUUAAUAGCUGUGCUGUCUCAGGUAAAUCCCACUGAAAAAACCUUAAGCCACCAUCAGCAGCAUAGCCAAUGUGCAGCCCAAGGAUUGCCUUGUUUCCCCGAGUGCCCUCUGAGUAUCCCCAGAGUGCCCUCUGAGUAUGGAAGGAAAGAGGAGUCCUGAGAACAGUUGUCUCACAACCUCCCUGGCCUCUGUCCUUUGGGUUGUGGCUGGGUUAUAUGUUGGUGCUCCACGAAGCCAUCUAUUUCCAUCCUGGAUUUCUUUGUUGAUGGCCAGCCAGAAGGCCCACCCUACCAACCAGUUGGCUUCUCAGCAUCUCUGGCCUUUUGCUCGGCUCUGCAAGUCUCUGACCUUUAGCAGUCUGCUGAGCAGACUGGGCAGCGUUUGUGGGGCAAACCCAGGAAGCUGUUCCUUUUGGCUGACUCCUUCCUUCCUGGCUCCUUGCCCUGUGGCUACUCAUGAUCAUGGCACUUCACCUGUUCACCAAGUUCUCGAAGCAAUAAAAUGUAUCCCAUGCCUGAA